CUUACGGAAAUGGUUGAAGUGAUUGUCAAAUUAGUUAUUUCCGCGACUUUGGCGAUAAGCUUGUAAGAUAUUCAAAUUUCAAUGACGAAUUUGCUAGUGAUCUAAUAUCAACCACUGUUCCCUUUUUUUUCUUCUUUUUCUAAUAACUUAUCCUAUUUCCCAUCCCAUGCACGACCAACAAUUAUGAACCCUAGAAAAGAAAGGAAAAAAAUCGAGAUCCAUGAACGAAGCCAUCGGGUUAAGUAAAGAUGUGGCAGAAGAAAUCAUAUUUAUGUUGCCAAGGAAACGUAGAAGAAGAAGACCAGAAGAAGAAGAAGAGCCCUCAAUUAAAAAUAGUGGGUAGAUAGCCUAUUCUUCAGGCUUCCCAAAUGACCCAACUGACACAAAUCUCUGACCCCCUACUAUGACAUUUUCACAAAAUCAUCCUUAUAAUUUAACAUCUAUCAAUCUGACUCCCUUAGUAAAUCCAUGUUCUAGACUGUUCACUGUAGUCUGUACAUCAUUUCGAGGUUAUUUUUUCUGUUUAAAAUUCAUAUAGUACUACAAUGACAAAAGCAACAGAGCACAAGGACUGAAAAUGUAAUUAUUCUAGAAUCGUUAAUUUUCCUUGGAAAGAAACCAAAAUAAGCAAGCAAACAAACAGGGUCCUCGGAUAUCUGGUCUGACCGGUGGGAAUGGAUAGUUUAGUCACAAAAUAUGCAUGUUUACGUCACUUUGCCCUUUGCUUUACCGCGUCUCCCUCUCCUUUUUCUUUCUUCUUCUUCCCCUGUUUUUUUUUUUUUUUGCUUCGAAUCCAACAACAAUAAUAACUCCUAAACUCUAGAAUCCUUGAAGAAAACAAACCAAGACCAGAAUUUUCAUAUAUUUAUUUUAUUUUCUCCAAUUUUUGCAGGUGAGAUCUGCAGAGAAAGUAAGUAAGUACAGCUCUCUCUCUCUCUCUCUCUAAAAAAAAGCUAAUCGUGCCAUUUUAUUUACUUUACUUUCUUGAAAACCAAAUCCAUAAAUUUCUCUCUUCUUGACUCUUCCCAUACACAAUACACAAAUAUAAAUACGAAAUUUGUUUCCCCUCCAUCACUUCUCCCACCUCCCCUCUCUUACUCUGUCUCCGAUCAUCAACAACUCUGAUAUUUUCCCCAAAGGCUACUGAUUUUCGGUUCAAGACUGGAUUUUUGAGACCGGCCCAGUUGAGAUUUCCGUCGGUUUCCUUGUUUUGAGGUAAAAAAAAAAAAAAAAAGAAGCGGGUUUCGCUCCAACGGCUUCAAACGGGUGACAAAAACAGAGAAGAAAAAAGGGUUCGUAUUGAUUCUUGGGGGGUGCUCUGUUUUUCUUCUCUCUGUUUUCCGGCAAUGGCGAUACAAGCGCAGUUCUACGGCUCCCAGGAAUGGCCGGCGGUGGAGAACGGAUUCAUUGCCGGUGGAGGUCUCGUUAACAACAAUUCUUGCUUCUCGAUCAACAAUCUCGAGCAGAAGCAACAGCAAUUCUACAACAGCAACAUUCAGCAGCAGCAGCAGCAGCAGCAACAGAGCAAUGGAGGAAAUCUUAUUAAUAAUAACAACAAUGGCUUCUUCGUUUCCAAGAUUGAGGAAGAAAAGCCUGCUCCUUCCUCAGCCGGAUUCCCGAUUAUUCCCUCCACGACGCACGGCAGUAGGGUGAAUCCGGGUCUUAAUUCCAUGGCUGCUUAUGAGCAGAAGCAGAGGCAAGAAAUCGACCAAUACAUCAGAGCACAGAACGAGAGGCUGAGACAGAUGCUGCAAGAACAGAGAAACCAGCAGCUAUCCCUGCUCCUGAAAACAAUCGAAUCCAGAGCCGCGGCUCUCCUGCGGGAAAAGGACGAGGAAAUCGCGCGCGCGGCGAAACGGUCGGCGGAUCUCGAAACGUUUCUGGGGAAACUGGAGAUGGAGAAUCAAGCGUGGCAGAGGACGGCGAGAGAGAGCGAGGCGAUCGCGGUUUCGCUCAGCCACACUCUCGCGCAAGCGAGGGAGAAUCCGUCGCUAAUGAUGCCGAACAACAAUGUUAACGACGGCGGGUCUGGUGGCGGAGCGGCUGCCGGCGACGCCGGAUCGUGCUGCUACGACGACGAGGAAGGGGGAAAUGCGACGCGGAGGAGGAAGAGCGGCGGAAACGGAAACGGAAACGGCGUCGCGUUGUGCAAAAGCUGCGAGGCUCGGGGAGCGUGCGUUUUGUUCCUCCCGUGUAAGCACCUUUGCUCAUGCAACGGAUGUGACGCUUUUCUUGAUCGCUGCCCGCUUUGCCAAGCGCCGAAGAAGGCUACGAUUGAGGCUUUAAUGGGAUGAUGGAUUGAUUGAUGGUCUCUAGGGAGAGGAAAGUUUGGUUUUUUUCACCUUUUUUUUACCGCGGUAAAAAGAAAAAAAGGGAGGUGACCCAAUUCAUUUCAUUUGUUUUGUCAGUUUGGUAAAUAUGUUUGCCAGUUUAGGAGGGUUUUUUUAACCCCAUUUGGGUAGAUUGGGGUAAACUUUGAUUAGAAUAGGAUUGUGGUCAUUGUACAACAAGAUGGUGACAGACAGACAGACGGGCAGAAAUGUUAUCAGUAUCAAUGAAAGUGGACAGGAGCACAGUAAACUCUUUAUUUUUUUUACAGUGGAGCAAGGUUGUCAAACCGGUUUAUGCCAGUGUGCUGAUUUAGCAAGUGGAAUGAUUCAACCGGUGGCACAUACCAAUUUGUGCCGGUUCAUGCCGGUCAAUAUUACAAAUAAAAUUGUAAGUACUCAUAUUUAAACAUGACAUUUAACGUCAAUACCUAAACAUUCAUACUUGAAUCCAACAAAUAACAUUGAUAUUUAACUUUUAUACUAAUAAAAUAAAUAAUAAAAUAAUUUUUAUCAAUUAAAUUCACUAAAAUAAGGUUAUUUUACUUAGAGAUUUGUAUAUCGAUGGUGAUGUCACGCCGGUUUUAUGACCUGUACCGGUUGAACCCGGUACAACCGGUGUCACGCCGGCCGGCAUGACAAACAUGCAGUGGAGGAAGAGGACAUGGUCACAUCAAAGAGAUCUCUUUUUAAUUUUUCACUUUUAACCAGCCAACCCCACUCUUUGUUUCGUUUUUUACUGGAAAAAAUCUGGGUGGAUUUUGUGGCAGCAAGGGCGAUGGCUAUUGCCCAACAAAAUAGUGCAGUGGCAGUGGCCAAUUUUGGGAGUGACGGGCGAGGAUUGAAGAAAGCAGAUGUCAGAUUCAAUCACUCACUUUUACUCUGUCCCUUCCCUUUCUCUUUACUGUUUCCACUUCCCCUUCUCUCCUAUUCAAUCUGAAGAGAGGAGGAAAAGAGUAGUUGGUUUCUUUUUAACCAAUUUCUGGUCCAUUUCCCUUAUUAACUAGGCCUGCUUUAGUGCAUAGUUUGAAAGAUGGUAAUGAUGUCUAUGUUCAAUGGUCAGAUCCGUGAAACUAGAACCAAUCUGAUAGUUUUUUGGUAGUUUACCAUCACCAGGUUUACAGAUUCAUCUUCUGUCCGUCUAGUUUAUUGACGACGUUCUUCGUGGUUCUCCGUUUUUACAUACAUUUUUUUUUAAUCUGCAUCUAUUUUCUCAUUGUAGACUUUCUGAAGUCGUUAGAGAUUUCCUUAUAAUGGAACCAAAAAAAAAAAUAGGUGAACCAACAUUAUUUGUAAUAUCGAUACAAUUUUUCAAGUAGGGCAUAUGCUCUUACGUAGUGGUUAUCAGUUGUUAUCAGAUUGGAUGUACUGGCUAUAAUGGUGGCGACCACUCAAGUCGCUCCAUAAUUAGACCAAUCUUCUUUUAUUUUGGUCGGCUAUAUUUUUAUGUUGUUAUUAUUAGAUUGAGACUAAUGAAUUGAAUGAUUCAAAAGGGAGUGAAAUCUAAUAAGAAACAACCUAACCAUAAACCCUAAUGAAUGAUAGUACGCAUU